AUGUACUUGUUCAUGACUGGAAUCGCACAAGAAUUUGGACUUCGAAUUCAUCUAGCAAGUACUUUAUUAGGAACAUUUAUUUUCUUCCCAUUCUCGCAUACACGUACAAUCGUUAUAACCCCAGAGGGCAUACGAUCAAGAAAUAAAGAAUCUCUUUUCAACAUUUCAAAUGAACAAAGAAUUCCAAGAAUUAUUCAUCAAGUUAAAUUAGGAAAUUUAAAAAUGCAACCAAAAUGGAUAGAAGCAAGAAAGAGUUGUAUAGAUUUACAUCCUGAUUGGCAAUUUAAACUUUGGGAAGAUGAAGAAUCAGGAAACUUUGUCAACACACAAUUUCCAAAUUUAUUAGAAACAUAUUUAAAUUAUCCACUUGAAAUCCAACGUUCAAACGUUUUACGUUAUUUGGUUUUGCAUAAAUUUGGUGGAAUUUAUCUAGAUUUAGAUUUAGGUUGUAAAACACCUCUGGACGGUUUACGAAAUGAAAGUUUUUUAACUCCUCCUGCAAAUCCAAGCGGAAUCAAUAACGCUUUCAUCGCUUCAACACCCGAUCAUCCUUUUUGGUCUCACGUUGAAGAUUAUUUAAUCACUUUUAAUCGAAAUUGGUUUAAUUCUCCUUAUAUAACAAAUAUGUUUUCGACAGGUUGUCACUUUUUAAGUACGAUGCAUAGAUUGUAUGGCGAUCAACCUUCUUUAACAAUAAUGGAUCAAGCUAAUAAAUUAAACGGUCACGUGGAAACUCCUCUCUUCGAACAUCUUGGUGCAAGUAGUUGGCAUAAAGGUGAUGCAAAAGCAAUUUUACGUAUCGGUCAACAAAUUGAAAAUAUAAAGAAUCACUUUUUUUCUCUCGUUAUCAUUCUCUUCUUGUUUUCUUUUGGCAUCUAUUUUGCAUUUGCAUCUCUUCGUCGUUUACGCCAUGCACGGAAGAGAAAACUUGGAAGAUAUGAAGAUGUAGAAGCAAGCAAAGAGCUCGUUGUUCAUCACGAAUAA